GUCGGCCCGCCGUCCCCCGCGCGUUCGCCAGCGACGACUCGCACCGCGACUGCGAGGAUCCACGAAUCGGCCGAACACAACCGCGGCGGCGGGCGCGCUCAAAUGCCGGCCGUCCUCGUUUAUGAGACGCGUCUCGACGCAGCCGACUGACGGCUGUCGCGGCCGGCCGGACGUACGAGCGUCGCGGAAGAGGAGACGAUUCGCGCGUGUACGGAAACGCGGCAGGAGACGGCGGAAAAAAAGCGCGGCUGCGUCGGCGGCCGCGAGCGGAGGAUCGAGAAUCGCGCGCUCGCGCGCGCGCGGACCGCGAGGGGGAGGAUCCACCACGAGGAGGUGAGAGCGAGGUGUCGCGAGGACGACGCGUCGCGCGAGAACCUUCGUGGACGGAUCCACGUCCCGAUCGUAUCCGGUACCGACAUCCCGGGGGUGCCCCCGGGGGCGCGCUCCGAGGACCGUCCCGUCCAACAAUGGGAAAGUGCGCGCGUGUUCUCGUCUCUCCCGCAAUGUGCUGCUCCUAUUUACGGUUCGCUAUGGUGCUUCGCUACAGUGAGUUCUAGACGUUGGAAAACGUUGGGGGGAUGUGCACGCGGAGUGCUCUCGAGCUCGGUAGAAAUAUCGUCGCCGGCACACACCCCGGGGACUGGAACGUCGUCCGCGGAACUUUAUUGUUGAUUAUUCAGACGAAUUUAUCGCGAGUCGUUGUUGUUGAGCUGGUUGCAAGCAGGCAAGCAGACGCGCGUCCGCGCUCGUUGAACUUGUUGAUCCAUGCGCGUGCAUCUAUCGGACGGACUGAAAGAAUCGUCGCUGAAGAGACUCAGCCCGAGGGUCCUCGAGACGACGAGGGCGCGUACUUGAAACCUUGUAAGGCGCUGAAAACUCGCGCGAACUCGAGGAGCGUCCGUGAGAUCUCCGCGAAACACCCUUCUUCCUCUCGUCGCGUCCGGAAAUCCGGAGAUUUCCCAGCAUACGGCGACUCCGAGAAAGCCCGCGCAUCGAGUUCCGGUCGAGCGUGCAGUGGAGAAACGAUGCGGAAACACAUCGCGUCCCAUCCAGCAGUAUCGCAUCCAGCGACUUCUUAAUAUUGAAGAUUCUUUCUUAAUUGAAGAUAAUUCGCGAGGACGACUGCAAGAAUGACGCACGAGGAUCCGCUCGACGCCUCUCCGUCAUCUUCGUUAUCGUCGUCGUCGUCAUCGUCGUUGUCGUCGUCGUCGAUAUUCGAGCGCGAGGAAGUGAUAAAGUUAUAAUGAUCGUGCAGAAUCGCGCUGAGCGACGACGAGAAAUUAUACGUUUGCCCCCUUGAUCCACUCCUCCCGAUCCCUCACGUCCCUCAUCGCCAUGGAGAAAAAGCUAUUCAUAUACAUAGAGAAUAUAUAUACAUAGAUACAUAUACGCAUGUUUUCGGACCAUCCCACGUCGGGGAUGGAUAGUGUUGUCUGUUGAGUGUAAAUUUCUAUUUCGGACCAUUCGUGCGCGAGUGAUCGCGGCGAGUGAACGCUAAUUCCGGUGAAAAAUGGCAAUGGUAAUAUCGCCCCGCAGUAAAAUCGUGACACUAUCCCUGCUGAUUGGCAUCAUCACUCUGGUGGCACUCAUUAUAACGGGCGUGAUCGGUAUUUGGAACGGAAAGAGCGAGAAGACGAGCACCGCGACGAGAACGAAGAUGGUGAGCAGUAAGCUCCAACAGGUCACUGGAUAUGCCGCCAUGCAACACGUGAGUAAAGCCAUAAAGUCGAAUUCGCAAAGAGACGCGAUCGCUCACAACGUUGAGAGCGAUCAUUUCUCAUUUUUGAGAUAAAUGUUCAAGCGUCUCGAAACUUGAUGCGCUUGAGGAGUAAAUUCCGUGUUCGCAUUUUAUUUUCUUUAAUCGAUUAACAUGUUAAAAUAUUGAGAUUAUUCCGUAAAUUAUAUUUGUAGCAUACAAAAUGUUAUGGCUAUCCCUUCAAGAUAAUGUUAAAAACUCGUUUUUCAAUCUUGAUGUAGAAAUUUAUUUUAUAUGAGACGUUUGCUGCGUGACUCUGCUUUCAUGAGAAUUUAUAGUCGAUCUUUUCGUGAAAAUUAAAUAACUUCUUGAUAUAAGAACCUUGAUAAUCAAUGUAUUUGGCACGCGGAAUGUUCCUUGCGAAUAUCUAACAAAGAUGAUUCUGUCUUAUAAAAUCGUUGAUAUCUUUAACUUAUCGUUUGUAUUAGGUUGUUCAUUAAGUUCUGCGGUUUUUUUGCCCUAAAUUAAAACAUAAAUCUAUUGUACUUACACAUUUAUU